CUAUUGCAAUGCAGAUGGUGUCUUGUCGCGCAACGACCUGUUCAAAAGUGCGCGACACGCCAAUAGAGGCGACAUCCAGCUGUCGAGUGCAGCAGCUCUACAGGCCACGGCGGCCUUCUUUUGCGCGGCUCAUCCUUGAGCUGGAUGAACUGUCCGCCGCCCAAUCCCUUUCUCAGGCUCCUCUUUGCGCAUGACUCGCAGGUCCUCGCACAGGUAUGCAGCAACACCGCGCACGCCAUUGUUCUUGCGCCCGUCACGUCGUCGCUCAACCUGGUAGACCGCGACACAGGGAUUGCCUUUGUCGAAUCGCUCAACGAUGAGUUUCUGGCUUCCCAUAUCUUGCGCGUGGUGGAUCAGCCGCAUGAGCGUGCCAAGGCGCGCAAUUAUACAACGCUCAAUGGCAAGACUGUCGUCAUCAAGGACGACGCUGUCUUCCCGCAUCGCGGCUUCAAAGGCGUCAAAGAGGUCAAGUUGCUCCACGACGCACUCUUUUGGCUAGACGAUCCCAAAAGCCGACCCAUCCUGGUGUACUUUCUCAAUAAGCCCCUCAUAGGCAAUCCAGGCCACCCACGGCCUUUACCUGGCCCUGUUCUACGAGAAGUGAACAUCACAAAUUGGCAAGAACUCUGUUCACGCUAUCGCGGAAUCGCAACCCAACUGGACCCGACGUUUCGCAAGCUCUUCAACAACUUUCAAGAUGACAUUCAAGCGGAUGGAGACAUUGAGACGCCGGCCCGCACACGAGCAUCGUCUCUUUCUUCGAUCCGUCCAGCCUCAUUGCGACGGCACGAUACUGAGCAUUCAUUUUCAGAGGAUUCUUCAUUGAUUCACCUCAGACUUGCGCUCGAUGAAGUUCUGUCUUCUGCGAUUGGCGCAUUUCAGGAGCUACCACGAAGCCUGCUGCAUCGAAUCGGGUUGGAAACGUCUCUCUCUGGGACUGACAUUGAGAAUAUGAUUGAAUCUCACUGUUUGACCAAUUUGUAUGACUUGACAUUGCACCGACUAUCCAAGAUUACAGCAUACAAGGACGAGGAGGUAUCGCAAGCAAUGGAACAGUGCAAGCAUGCCGACCUGACACAACUUGGCACUAGGUCGACCCUGGACAUUCGCAACCGCCUCGUGCUGGCUACAGAGGCAUUCGCCACAUUUACGACAAGCCAUACUCCUAACGACAAGUUGCAAGCGCUGCUCAAUACAAUACAUAUUCUCAUGACCCAUUCGGAGAAGUCAUCUGAUGAUUUGAUCCCUUGCCUGGUAGCCGUGCUGCUUCGCUCAAGCGCAUCAAGCUCAUGGGCAAACAUUCUGCUCAUUCGUGAAUUCUCAUUCAGCGACGUGGAAAUGGGUGAACGUGGCUUCGCACUAUCCACGCUGGAAGCUGUACUUUACCAUAUUGCAAGUUCGGCCAAUUCGUUAUCGCUCGUCUCAAGUCGGAAUAAGCAAUUCUUUGAAGCAGUCGAGGCAAACAAUAUUGAGGACGUCAAGAAGAGCUUGGCAGAUCAUCCAGAGCUCCUUGAGGUUCGCAAUUUACACAAUGAGACACCGCUACAACUUGCAAGUCCUGAGAUGGCCUUAUUCAUGCUUUCCCUUGGAUGCAGUGCUUCGGCCCUCUCCCAUGCGCUACUACGGCACUUGUCGACUAAUGCAUUUGAAGAACUGCUGCGGACCGUCGCAAACCAGGAAUUGGAGGAUGCUAGAACUCUCCUUAAUCAGCAAGACGAGUCUGGACAAACGCUGGCGCACAAGGUCUGCGACCAUAUGGACAUUAUAUACGAGCUGAGCGAUUUGCUCGACUGGCGGCAUCGAGAUCAAUCUGGCUGUACACCACUCCUGGUUCUUGCGCGAAUUUACGACCAUCCGCUGUAUGAGGAACUUCUCGAAACGACACUUUCGGCCAUUACUACAAGCCAAUUUACUGACGACUCGUCUUCUGAUGAUGCUUCAUUUGAACUGCCGAAAGUCAUUCGCCGGAUAUCACUCCAUGAUCACGUCGAUCCAAAGGGCAACACACUGGCUCAUAUUGUCUCCACCAGGACAGCCAUGGAAGCAGUCUUCAAGUACUGCCAAGGCGAUUUCAAUUCGCUAAACGACAACGGCCUUUCGCCGUUAUUGAUUAGCAUUAAAUUCGCUCGUCAACCCAUCCUCGACUUUCUCCUCAGUCGACCGGAAGUGGACGGUAUGGGUCGCGACGAUCGUGGUCACUCUGCUAUACACUACGCAGCCCGCGCGUCCCUUCCGCUUUUCAAUACCUGCGUACGUCACCAUCUUGAUAUCAAUGACCGUGCGUCUGGAUCUGGCUUUACGCCGCUGCACGUUGCUGCGCGGGAAGGCAACAUGGUCAUUCUGAAACGGCUCUUGGAACUCGAUGUUGAAGAUGCUUGGGAUUGGCGGGGGUUUAGGCCUGGUGAUGUCGUCAAGAAUGACCAAGUUCGAACAAUCUUGGAUGAAUGGGCAUGUCAUGGCAAAGAAGUAAGCGUCUUACGAGGUCAUGUCGGCGAAGAUUGUACAGUCAAGUACCUCAUCAAGAUUCGGAAUGGCGGCGGUGUCCUGCGCAGCGUCGCUGAUUUCGUCAAUCUCCGGCAUUGGCUGACGAAACGCUACAGCGCCUUGGGAAUUGCUACGCUUGCAAUUCAUACGCCUGCGCCGUGUUUACUCCACUCUCGACCUGCUCGAUCCGUCUUGCUGGCAGUCACGGAACGACUUGAUGCAUUUGUGCAAUCACUCCUAGCGCACCCAAUCAUCCGCAAGAGUCAGAUUUUGUGGGAAUUUCUACUUUCACCUACACGAUUGGAUGUACGCGCCGUGCAAGAUACGAUCGACCGUGAAGUACAAGCAGAUCUGACUCGCAUCUGGCAGGAAGAAAAGCCUCUGACUGAUUUUACUUCUGCUGAACUCUUCUUUCAGCAUGCGCGUGAGCAAAUCCUAGUUGUCUCAUCAAGCUAUCAAGUCUUUGAGCGCAAAGCACGCGCUGUACGAGAUGGUCAGCUUCAUGUGUCUGUCGCAUUUGGAUUACUUGGAAAGGGCGUCGAUGCGUUUUUGCCAGAGCUUGGACAUGGUAGAUAUGCAGAAGCACUCUUGGGUCUGAGUGAUUGUCUUGCUGCACGGGAGCCGUCCUUGCUCUACCGCCUCAUUGAAGCGGUCAUCUCAGUUGAGUCUAAAGCUGCUGGCAUUUUACAAAGUCUAGUCUUGCCGACUCAGCUCGUGAGUCGGAUUCGCGACUACUCAACCGAUAUUGAGCGUGGCAAUACUUCACUAGCUCGCAAUUCAAAGUUUGCCCUCGGCCUGCUCGCAGAUUCUCGUGCUAGGCAAAAAGCACAAAUCACUGCCAACUUGCAAGAUCUCCAUCUCGAGCUGGAUCAUGCAAGCUGCGAGUUGAGACGCACAGAGACUGUCCUGGCUGAUGCGCUGUCUCAGUUCUACGAGCAGCAUGCUCGGACGGCCAAAUUGGCAGUAUUGAAUUUCUGCAAGAUGCAAGUCAGAGACGAGCAGUCAAGACUUGUGAGUAUGCAGCGAUGUUUGCAGCGUCUACGGCAUGAUACACCAAGUUUCUCGCGAGUCGUGAUGGAUGACUAGUUGGUGCGUGCAAAAGUGUGGGAGAACUUCAAUGGAUUGGGAUUGCAGACCAAAACCUUCCAAUCAAAUGAGGGCAUGAGCGAGUGUCUGUCUGCUCUACAAGGUAGGUACUAAAUAUGGUGAUUUUUGAACAUACUGCCACAUAUCAUCCCAUGGUUUCAUGAUCGGUCGAUGGCCAUUGUCCGAGAGAACAAAAGUAUGCAUAUUUGUGGGACAGGUACAUCGUACGACGGUACAGGCUGUGUUGGCUAUAGCACCGGGUAGACUUCUGGCCAAUGUGGCCUCAUGUUUGCGGCUCCUUCGCCCGUCGUACGCGUAACGGCACCAGGAUCGAAUCUUCUCGAAUUUGUUUGCGUCAGUUGUAGAACUACAAAUACUCACUGUAAGGCCUUAGGAUC